UUGACGCAUGCGUGUGUUAACCGCGCCUUCAUUUCCGUACACUAGCAUGAACUGGAGCAACGAGGGUUACUGUGAAGCAUCCAUACAGCAGUUAUCAUAAGAGCUGAACAAAAUGUCAGAUUCCGACUCUGAUUCUGACAAUGGUGUCUUGGGCAGCACCAGAGUACCUUUGAAAAUGGAAGAUACGGUCAUCACCUUUCGUCCAUCAGAGGACAUUUUUAACCGAUGGUAUGAUAUCCCUGUUGACAUCAAAAGAGAAGCAGUGCAGAGGAUGAAAAUUUGUUCCUUCUGGCUUCCCACUCUGCUGCAGCGUGAUGAGUGCGUUACUGUUCACUGGGCUAUUGAAAUAGGUCUAAUCAGCGCAAAUGAAAACAACGAUAUAAAUCUAAAGCACAUAAGAAGAAUAGAAAUAGUAGAAACGAUCUUCAGGGCCUUGGAGAGAGGAUUUGUAAAAAGGAAUGAGUCAAAACAUAUUGUUCUACUUAGCAACAGGCUUAACUUGCGCAGUGCAGAGGUCUUGGAUGAUGCGUUUCGCUGGUUGCUGCGAACAGGAGAACCUGAUAUACAAAAGCGAAUGACUGAGCUCAACUCCGGACACACCUGCUUCACAGCUCUCCACUUCAUCUUCACAGAGUAUGCCAGGCUUAUUCAGGACAUGGGUAGCAGCCCAGAUAGGAGGAUGAACGAGUUGAUGGCUCGACCGUUGGACUUUCAUGUUGAGAAAAGUGAAGAGAUGAAGAAGAAAGGAAAUGAGCACUUUGAGAAACAACAAUAUGAAGAAGCGGUGAAGUAUUAUUCUAAAGCCAUCGAAUAUUACCCUGACAAUCAUAAACUUUAUGGAAACCGAGCCCUAUCCUUUAUCAGGUGUAAGAAAUAUCUAAAAGCGGUCGGCGAUGGAAAAUGUGCCACUUUGAUUAAACCCGUGUGGGCAAAGGGUCACUACCGUUACUGUGAGGCCUUGUUCUCCUUGGGACACUAUGAAAUGGCAAUCAAAGCAAACAAGUUGGCCCAGAUGCUCUGUAAAGAUGACCACGAGGGAGUCAAAGAUCUGGAAACACAGUUAUACAAAUACACAACACCACAUCCAAUGCCACAUCCAGGCCCACCUCGAGGAUAUGUCUCAGCUGGACCACUAGAGCAAGGUCAAAGUUUAAGACUCGGCCUCGUGACACCAUCACAUAAGAGUCAUCCAGCUGCCACGUCCCCAAAGGUAGUAAACAUGGACAAGCAGACAAGAAAAACUGAAAGGACUGCACAGAAGAACAGCAACAGUAAAGACCUUAAACCACCUAAAAGCGAGCCGCUUUCGAAGAGUGAAAAGGGAGAGUCCAGCGCCACAGCAAAGAAGAAAUCAAAGAACAAAACCAGUCAUCCUGGGAAACAGAGCCAGGUAGUGGUUGACGGUAAAGCCGACAGAUUGAAAGAGUUCAGAUCUUUGGUGGAAGAUGCUCACACUGCAAUGGCUGACCUCCGUACCCGCAACGCAGAGCAGGCCUUCAGCAGGGCGCUGACCUUACUGGAAACUGUAACACCCAAGGAACUUGGACUUUCAAAAAUAGAUGAGCUGUUGUUACUGUUUGGCCAUGCGUCAGCUCUGAUACAGAUCGGCCGGCCGGAGGAACUGACAGAAGCAGAAAAACUGCUGGAGAAGAUCAAAUCCUAUGACGAGAGGACGUUUCAGUGUCUAGUUUACUACGCCGUUGGCAAGCUGUAUCUCAGAGAGAACAGGUUUGCAGUAGCUCUGGAGCAGUUUUUAGAUUCCCUGCAGAUGGUCAAGAAUCAAAUAACACCUGGUAAACUCACCUGGCCUUUAACAAAAGAGAUUGUCAAAGAAACAGAGCCAGACUAUUUCAAGGAAAUUCUGGAAAAUGCUAUAGAGUUGUGCAAGUUUCCUCCCCUACCUGAUGCCAUUUGUCGCCUUGACAAAUGUCUUUGCCCAGUGAAAGCUGAAAUCUACUUUACUGACCCAGAUUUUAAAGGCUUUAUUCGUAUAUGCUGCUGUGAGGACUGCACAGUUGAAUAUCACGUCACAUGUUGGAAGACCCUGAAAGCGUCAGCCUUCUCAGAAAAGAGCGAAAAGGAUUUGCUGCAAGAAGCUUGUUUGACUCCAGACUGCAUCGGUCAGAUCUGUAGUAUAACAAUCUUUUGUCCGACGGGCGUGGUGAAGUGUAAGUUUGAAGCUGCAAUCCCCAAACCACAGACUGUGAAGAAGCCAAAGGUGAAUCAGAAAUGUACAAGUCUGAAGAAGUUAAAAUCAAAGGAGGAGCACAAGCUAAGGAGGAAGCAGCAUAAAGUGUCUUUUCAGGAUAAGGAGGAUAAGCAGAUUCUGCAACAGCAGCAAGACUCGGCAGCUCCGAGUCAGCAGAAAGUCUGGUUAGUGUACAGAGAUCGGGUUCUUCUGCAGAUCAACCAGAACGUGGAGCUUCUGAGGGGGGAUAAUGGCCUCCAUAUUUCUGUUCUCUUCAGCAGUCUGAAACCCUGGUUAGAGCUGGACUUUGCUAGGGGGAACCAGCUAGCUGGAAGGAUGCUGAACUGGCAGCAGGAGCAGCUAGAGACUUUAGGACAAGUUGUUGAGCUGCUGCUGGAGAGGAAGAACCGGGUUUGGGCUCGUGUAUUUAUCCAGGAGCUCAGUCGAUGUGUGAACAUAAAUCCCAAACUCAGCAAUUGGGCGCACCGGCUCAAUGAUGGAGGUCUGAAUGCUGCCCAGAGCUUCAUUGAACGCUACGCAGGACGCUUGGAGCAACUGGACUUGUCUCUUCUGCUAAAAUUUGGACCUUUGCAGGAUAUGAUUAUAGAGAAGUUGGGCACGAGCCCGGAGUUAUUUUCGAGCAUUGGCUUAACUGUGACUGAAUACCUUAAACAGGCCCCGCCACAUGACAUGAGACUCUUUAUCUGGACUAUGGACGAGCAUAGGGAUGAGUAUGUCUCCUGCCACACUAUUCUGGAUGAAUAUUUUGAUAUGUUGGAUGGGCAUUGUUCGGUCUUAAAAAAGUCAGAUGAAAGUCAAAAUAAUUCUCCUAUCAAAGCUAAGAGUCGAGGCCGGAAAAAGAAACAGAAAGAGCCAAAGGGUGUUAUUGUUUUGUCUGGGAUGAGAGGUGUUAAUCCAAGGGAUGAGUGGGACCAGGAGUUUUUUGAAGAUGAUUCUUUAUCAUUCCUUGACACGCUCGAUUCGUUCACUGUGCCGAGCCACCUUCGAGACCAAGUGGCGGAAUUCGAGGAUCAGUAUGACAGCAGGAGACACAGAAGUCACUAUAAACAAAUUUUGGACAACAACCCUGACUCAACAAAAGAGAGUUUGUAUGACUACUUUGCUCAGAUCUUGGACGAGCAUGGCCCCUUGGUAGCUGAAGACCCUCUGCUGGUGGGUGAACUUGAAAAUUUCCCUUCUGAAGCUAAGCAAAAGAUUGAAGCAGCUGGGGGAUUCGAGCCGUUCCUCCUGAACUCCCUUCGCUUCAUAAAGAUCGGGAGGUGUAUUGGCCUGGCGAAGCAUGCCGUGUCCCUGCAGCAGACUGAACGUGGAGCCAGCCUGGACGAUCUCGACGAAAUAGUUGAUCUGGACAAUAACUCUGAAUCUCCUUUUUUGUAUACAGGCGAUGAAACUAGUUUCACAAGCUAUAUGCAUGACUAUUCAUCUGCACAGACUGAAGGCUAUCCAGUGCUCCCAAAUCCUUAUCCAUCUAGUUUUCAGCCCCUAUACCAGACAGAGAUUGGGUCCUACUUUGCUUGGAGUAACGGUGAUGAUCACGAGCCAGACACUAACUUUUUACCCAAUGGCUACGAGGAGCUGUAUCUUGAUCCAUCUGAGUUUAACCCUGGAGUUUGGGAAACUAAUGCAACUUUAGGGACGUCGGUGACAACCAAUGAGAUCUUUUUGAGCCAUGCAAGCCAUGCAGCAGUGCAGACGUGCCAGGAGGCCAUGAGGAGUGUAGCGGUGAAUACGGAGCUUCAUGAGGGCUUUGAGAAAUCCCAGGGUGACAUCAACAAGCAGGAGAAGAGCAACAGGUCGCUGGAGCAGCAGAUCAAGAAAAUGACAAAUAACAAAGUAAACGUAGGCGAGAGAGAAGACGUCAUUUUACUACAGGAGGAAGUGCAGAAGAUCACAGCCAAUAUUCAAGUCACCAAUAAGGAGCUGACGCUGUUCCAGCAGAAGCUAGAGGAGGAGGUGAAGAAGGACCAGAAGGAGAAGAAAGCCAAUCAGGAAGCACUGAGGUCUCUAAAGCAGGAGAUAGAAGAGCUGUUGGAGCAACAAGGGAGACUUGCCCAAAGCAUCCAGGAGAAGAAAACCAGCUAUGAAGCCAAGCUGAAUGAUUUCUUAGAGCUGAGUAAUCAGUUAGCAGCUGAAAAGAUGAGUCUGGAGGAUGAGAUCAAACGAUGUAAAGCCUUGAUUAGCUCGGCCACCAGGAGGUCUCACACAGCUCAGCUGUCGCUAAUCGAGAGCAGUCGCGAUCAGAGCUUGCAUGGCCUCUACAAAGAGCUGGCAGACGCCAAGGCUUUGCUGAACAAACUGGAUGAAGCGCUACACAGAUUCCCAAAUCAAGACCUGGAAGCAGCAAGAAACAGCUGCAGAGACAAGAUCAAAGAAGUGGAAAAGAGAAUCUCCACUGCCGAGCGGCAGUACCAGGAUCAGAUGGAUCAGGUGAAGACCGGCAGGCGAGUCACUGAGCUGCAUCCGGUCAACAGCCAUCCUGAACCUGCAGCUGCUCCAGUAAAACCAGUACAAAAACUCUCUGCAGCAGCCAAAGAGUUUACUCUUCAGUCUUCAGCUCAGGCCUCACGCGGCACUCCUCCACCCAUCCACCACUCUGCUCCCCUUGCGGCUGAGGCACCGGCCCCGCCCUCUCAGCACAAACAUCCAAUCAGGACAGCGGAGCCUCCGCAGCACAACACAGUGUUCGGCAAAGCCAUGGAGACGCUGUCCACCAUGUUCCCUGACUAUACAAGGUCGGAGUUGAUGAGGUUUGUUCAGGAGCUGCGUACAUCCAGCGGUGGAAGUUUUAGCAGCAUGACUUUACAGGAUGUAGUCGGAGGAGUGACCCAGCUGAUCCUGGACCAUCAGGAGAGGCUUAACUCAGCUAGAUCCAGCGUUCUGGGUCGUGGGAGUCCAGCUCAGUGUGCUACCCCUCCGUUGAUAAACCCAGCACCGGUGUGGCAGCCAAUCGGACAACAGAGAGUCAGAAGUUCCAACGCUCUGAACAUGGAGGAUCCCUGCAUCAUCUGUCAUGACGAAAUGAGCCCGGACGACACCUGCGUGCUGGAGUGCAGACACAGCUUCCACAAUGAGUGCAUCAGGUCGUGGCUGAAGGAGCAGAGCACCUGUCCAACCUGCAGGACUCACGCCCUGCUGCCAGAAGAUUUCCCCAUGCUGACUGGCCGCAGACGCCCAGCUCCAUGAAGUCUUAACAUCGCUUCCACUCACUGCUCAUGUGUACGCUUUUAUCUUUUUGCUUUUCUUAUUGCAUCAAAAUCUAAAAAGGCUUUUGACUUUUUUUUUUUUUUUUUUUUAAAUGAAAGGUUUCAUGUAAUUGAAAGAAAUAACUGUUCUGUGUUGGUGCUCGGGGUUAUUUUAUGGUGGCUAAAUUUGCCAUAAAAUAAGGGUUAUUUUAGAUUUGUGGACAGCUGCUGAGACUCCUGCAGCUGGCGAAUGAGCGGCUGCAGAAGUCCCAGUAAAUCCACAAUGUGCCGCUUUCAGACUUGAUGAAACAAGUCUUCAUCUGUGAGCUUCAGAGCAGCUACUAGGGUGAAUGGGGUUUUUUUUUGUUUGUUUUGUUUGUUUUUUUUAAACCUAUUUAUUUUUAUCUUCAUGCUAAGCUGUGCUAACCAACUGCUGGUUAUGUCUUUCUUAUGUGACUUCUGGAAAUAAAAGAGGAAAGUGUUGGUUUGGAGUCAGAGAUGCUCUGACUUCAGAGGUGAAGCAUUAGCUGUACUGAAAAAAAAUAUUAAAGUUAUAAAACCCA